GCCCGACAAUGAACACGUUCGCGAGAACCACCCGAGUGGGCGUCAACUCCGUCAUUCGCAACCAAUUCACAACUUCGUCUGUCGCAAGAAAGUCAACUCUGACCCAAGUAUUCUCUGACAAGGCCAUUCAUCCUAUUGGUCCUUAUUACUCUCAAGCCAUCAAAGCCAACGGCUUCGUCUUCCUCUCUGCCCAACUGCCUGCUGACUCGCAAUGUAAACUUGUCAGCGGCAGUGUGACGGAUCAGGCACACAAGAUGAUUCAAAACGCUUCUCACGUCCUUGAAGCUGCAGGCUCAGAUCUUGAGAAGGUCGUCAAAGUUAAUCUUUUUGUCAAAGACUUCCAGAUGUUGGAGGAGCUUAAUGAGGUUUAUGGCAAGUACUUCCCACAGAGGCCUGCGAGGACUACUGAACAAUGUACUUUCUUGCUGGCUGGGGCGGACAUGAUGAUGGACAUGGUUGCUGUGGUUGACAAAGAAUGAACCUUUCGACUGGAAGCAUAACCAUACAUAAUGGAAGUAAAGCAUAUCUCCACUCAUCUUCAGAGAGUCU